AUGAAAAAAAAAAAUUUAGCAUCUAUUGAUCUAAGCACCUCCAUGUUUUCCGGCAAGAGCUUGAAAAACAAUUAUUCCAUCUCAAAUCCUUCAUCGAAUCGAAGUCCUAGUUUGCAGAAGGCCAUUAAUAGAUUAAAAUAGGAUAGUAGAGUAUCCUUAAUUGGCAUUAGCUCAAUUAGCUCAACAAAAAUUCCUAAACGAAGAGGCUAUUAUGAAGUCAAAAGUAGUCAAAGCACUUACAGAAUAAGUCAUCCAUAUUAAGAGCCAAAAAUAAGCCUUGAUUAGAAUGAUCACAAAAAGGAAACUAUUAGAAAAAUCUUUUCUUUAUAGGCCUAUUGUAAAAGCCAGUCAGCUCUAUAACUGGCAGCGUAAAAGUACACAGUAAAAAGAGCUACCACAGAAAAUUCUUAAAUCUUUAACUCCCCAAGGCCAAAGUUACUAGAUAAAUUUAGUAAAGAAAUAAUAAAAUGUAAAACCGAAAAAGAUGUAAUAAAGUAAGUUCUAGUAAAAGAAGUAACCAAAAGAAUACCAAAAAAAUCUAAAGAAAUUAAUUAUGAACUUGAUACGAUGUUUAAAAAUUAUGAAAAGUACGCUCAAUUAUGUCUAUCUCCAAAUUCCUUCGUUAAUCAACCAGUCAUUUAUAAUGGAUAUUUUAAAAUAUAUUCUUAAUCAUAAAAGGAGAAGAUUGUCUUAGAUUAAAUUGGAGAAAAGGAAAAAUCCCUAAGUGAUGAAUCAGAAGCAUAUAUGGAUUUUAUAGAAGAAGUAGAUGAAGCUACGAUUUAAAGAGAUGUCUAUCAUAGUCAGUUGAGGAAUCCCUUCUUGGAUGAUAAAAUUACUGUCCGCUCAAUGAAGUAAGCUGGUUUCUUAAAAAGAAGACCAAUAGAUAUUCUAUGA